CCUCAGCAAAGUCCAUCAUCUUUGACGAUGGAGCAAUUGUCGCGACAGGCAAGAGGCAAGAGUAAUGGGGGAGGAGGGCUGCCUUCAGACGCUCUCAGGAGACGCUUGACGCACAUACCUGCUAAACAAGCUCUCCUGCUUCGCUUACCAAACGACAAGCUCAAGGCCGUCACGUUGCACCCGGGCAAGCUUGUCUCGCUUGGGAAAUUUGGCUCAUUUCGGGCCGACGACAUCAUCGGUCUGCCCUUUGGACUCACCUUCGAGAUCGGACCUGGACCAGUCGGUGCUUUACGCGUUGUGGUCAGCAGCAAUCUUGAUGAACUUGAGGAAACGAGUGCGACAAACGAGAAUAUCGACGAUGGCGCCAAUGCACAGGCCCUCACCUACUUAGACAUUCAGGCGCUGAAAGAAGCAGGCAUGGAAGGGAAGGACAUUGUGCAGAAGCAAAAGGAAGGCUCGACGUCGUUCGCCCAACGCACCGCGUGGUCGCAACAGAAAUACACCUUGAAGAAAGAGGCCAAGCAUUUGCGCCUAUUCACUCCGAUCCCUUCAACUCUGACAACGCUCGCAAAAUAUAACUUCGAAAAAGACUCUGAAAAGGUGCGGGGUCUGCGAUUUGACGCUCUGGCCCAUACAUUGAGCUUCGCUGGCAUCGCCCCUGGCGGUCGAUAUCUCGUCGUCGAUGGAGUGGGAGGACUGCUCGCAGGCGCCAUGCUAGAGCGAAUGGGGGGUGAGGGAAGGUUGUUGGCCCUGAACGAUGCCGACUCUCCACCCGCCUUUGACCUGCUCUCCCACUUCAACCUGCCUAGCCAGGUCGUAGACCCUGUCCUGAGAUCGCUGCAUUGGGCCUCGAUAGACGAGGGCUGGAGCCCUGCACACGGAACGCCGACGACAUCUUCCACAAUACCUCAGACUGCGAUGAGCGAGCCCAUAACAACUCCAACGGGUCGCCCAGCUACAGAUCGUGAUCGACAACGGAUGCGCAAAAGGCAAGCAGCCCUCAACGGUCUUCUCAAGCUUCGAGGAGACUUUUUAAGGGGAGAGUGGGAUGCCCUCGUCAUCUGCUGUGGCUACGAACCCACGUCGAUUGUUGAGCGCCUCUUACCCAAGCUCGCUGGCUCAGCGAACAUCGUCAUUCACUCGCCCUUCGUACAGCCACUCAUCGAGGCCCAUGCUCGCCUUCGCCUGCUACCCAACCUCAUCAACGUUAGCGUAUCGGAGCCAUGGCUGCGCAAAUAUCAGGUAUUACCAGGGCGAAUGCACCCGGAGAUGAUGACAAGUAGCACCGGGGGUGCCAUUCUGCACGCUGUGAGGGUAUACACCGAGGACGAGGCAAAAGAUCAGCGCCGAUCUAGUCUUUCCAAUCAAGAGACGGCUGCUGAAGAUGGGAGGAAGAGGAGGCGAGUUGAUGUGAUUGCUUGACACGACAUUUUUAGACAAACAUAUUGUACUCUCGAUAUCUCUUCCGAAAAGAAAACAACUUUAAAGACAUCUGUC